AUGUCUGAAGGACAAGACGAAGAGCUGAACUUGCAUGCGCUGGUCGGUAGCCUGUUGGUCGCUUCCGCCGAGGAAGAUGAGACCGGUCAUUUGGACCAGCAGCGCACAGAUGAUGGAAAUCAGGGCACCAAGGGUGAUGAAGACGCUGCUCUCGAUGGAAAAGAACAUUUGGAUGGACAGACGAAGAUCCCAGACUUGACGGACGCUGAACAUUUCGGAGAUGAGGACCUCGCAGCAGUGGUCGCACAGGCGAUCGGCACCAUGGAACAGGAAGAACAGAGCGCUGUACCGGAGCCGAAGGAGGUGGGGCUGGCUAUUGAGGAGCCUCACGUUUACACAGAGGAGCGGAGCGACGAAGAGCACUGGGUCAAGCUGUUGCAACAGGGAAUACUGCAGGCGGAGCAUGAACAAUCACAGCACGGGCAGGCAUCGCCCGGAAAUACGGCGGACGGGGAUACAGACUACCACUCAAAUGACGGAGCGACCGCCAUUGAAACUGGCGAGGAGCGAGAACGCCUUGAUCAUGAUGACGAGCAGUUGAGACGGGCCAUUUUAGAAUCGUUGCAGCACUUAAACCAGCAGAAACCACACGAAGGGGAAAAUGAAGAGCGCGCCAGGACCGAGCGACAAGAUAAGAUUGCGGCAGCACAGAGCCAUGAACAUACAAAACAGAAAUCCAGAAAAGAUAAGAAGUCUGCAAAGAAAAGACUAAGCAAAAAGGAGAGGCGGUUGGAGAAAAAGCGGUCUAAGGACAGAUCAGAUUUGGAGACCGAUAUCUUGAACUUUGAGGAUGUAAUAAAGGGGUUUAUGGACCAGUCAGAGUCUACUGUGCCGCCGCAGGUUUCUCAACAGAUGAUCGGAGAUGAAGAAACGCAGGCCUUGGUGGAUGCGACGUUAAAGGCGUUCGAAAAUGAACUGAUGGGAACGGCGUCUUCCAGCGUGGGGAAGGGCUCUUCCAGCGCCAGCGCUGAGAAGAAGAAAUCUAGCGCUCUAAAAAAGUCUAAACCGAAGUCAAAGGCCUCAAUUGCAGCUCCGCUUCUUUUCCCACCACCCCCAAAAUCACAUCUUGGUAAAAGUAAAAAGAAGGAUAAGCUUAACGAUAAGAAGAGUACCAACAAGAAGAAAGACAGCAAGAGUAAAAGCUUCUAUGAUGAGGAAGUCUUUUCGAAGGCACUUGCCGAGAUGGUCAACCAGGUAGUGAACACAUCUUUUAAUGAUACUCAGCCGCAGAAAAAGACGUCACAGGUCCCUACUGAGGGUUCAUCUAGCAUACCGGCGUCUAGUGGGCAGUAUGUACCGAAAACUGCAAAGAUUACUGGUCAGGAUCUAGUCUACAAUGGUGCGGCUCGGGCAGUAGGGGAAGAAACUUUUGAUCUAAACCAAAUUAUGCAAAAUGCAAUGGCGAUGGCAUUCCAGGAGCAGGUACACGAUCAACUUGAUCCAUCUGUUAUGGAAGAGUUCAACAAAGAGUUAUCUGGGGUGCACUAUAUGGAUGGCAGCGCAAUUGGCAAUUUAAGGCGGAAAUCGCUCGGCUCAACAGAUAGAUCUAAACAUGACAGGAUCUUCGAUAGUGAUCGUAGCAGAACACCAUCGAUAUCGGCAGAUUCAGAAGAUAGAUUUUCAACUCUAGCAAGGCAUGCCAAGUUGAAUCUUUCUCCAGAGGAUAUCUACAAGCGUAAAUUCCUCAAAGCAGCGAAAGAGUGCGCGAGCUUCGCACGGAAGCGUAUAUCACAACGUAAUAAAGAAUCCAAGGAACAAUUGAGAUUGGCACGUAGAUUGCAACUGGCGGAAAAGAGGAGGCAAAAGGAAGAAAGGCUGAAAAUCCAAGAAGCUGAAUCAAAAGAGCUUGAGGAGAUUGUUGCCCGUGGACCACCUUAUCCACCUGAUCUGAAGUUGACUAAAACAGGACAGCCUAAAAGGCCAUAUAGACGGAUUACGCCAGACGAACUUAAUCGAAAUUUACUUGGUUCAGAUGCGAGGACAUCGAAGAUACGGAAACAGCGGCGCAAGGAGAAGAAGGAGAGGAAAGACAUGCUUCGCCGCAUACCGCUUUCAACAUUGAAAAAGAUUCCGCUGUUCAACUUUAAUAAGGAAGCAACUUCUUCUGGUUUGAAUGAUAUUGAGGGCUCUCUGGCCAAAAUACCUUUAUAUGCACACUCGGAUCUUCAGUACGACGAUGACUACACCCAUGGACAUGGCGGGUUUGACUUGGAUGCUCCUAAGAAAACUGUGGUCCAUAAAGAGAAGCUUUUGUUCCACCCACCAUGGACACUUCCGGAGCACCCACCUUAUGCACUACCUGUCGCUAGAAGGAGGAGGAAAACGUUGGAUCACAGGAGCGGUAGGAUUACCAAGAAAAAGAGGACGAAGACUAGAAAGGCCACGUUAAAUAUUGGUAACCGUAUGAUACCUGCAGCUCUGUUCCCUAUCAUCAAUACCUUAAAGGCUGCCGCUAGGGCGACUGCCGCUGCCGGAGCGACCCCUGAACAAUCACGUCAACAUCUUGGUUCUAUGCUACAGCAAGCUCGCGUGACAAUUGCGCAAGCUCUAGCUAUCGCCAGAAGCCAGAAUAACAAGGAUUACUCUGCUAUUCGCUCAACAGAAGACAUUCGGGCGGCACAGCAGGAAGAGAGCAAGGUAAAGCGCAUUCCGCUAUUCAGUUUAGCAAAUAUCAAAAAGAUCGACACCAAGGACACGGCCGCUGACGUUGCAAAGGUUGAGGAUACAGAGAAUACCACGAUUUCCGCACCGGAACUAUCUGAGAAUGUACCUGUCGUGAAAGAAACUGGUGCUUCCUUGGAGCCGAGUAGGAAUUUACCAGAGCCUCAACCUCCCGUGAAGCUCGAAGCCGGUGUGUCGAUUCCCCCUAUUGUGCCUACUGCGGAGCCUCCAAUGAAAGAUAUAGUCGACAAUCUGGUCCAGCAGCAGCUACGGCAUGCCAACGGUUCGGCCGCUCCGCUUCCUAAUAAUAUUUCAACAAUUCUAUCCAGCACCAUUACAAACCUUUUACCCAACCUGGAUCAACUCGAGAAAAUAGACGAGUUAUCCACAGAUGUUUCAAUUGGAAGCCAGCAGCCCGCUAAGCGUAACUAUAGGAAAACCGCCUCUCGCUUCCAUAGCGUGCUGAACCUCGAUGACAUAGCACCUCUAUCGCAUCUGCCGGGCAGCGGCGGCAAUGCCCCAGAAAGUCACGCGCAAACUCCGACGGCGCUGCAGCCAUCGGUAUCGUCUACUGUUCUUCGUACUCGGGCUAAGAAGUCUCCUGAGCCACUUCUGAUACACGUUUUUGAUCUUCCAUCACACGACUAUCGUGGGAACCCAAUGAAAACCAUCCCGCUGAUGCGCCGGGUGAAAUCGUUUCUCGGGUCUGAUGACCUGACGUUACUACGCAGAGAGAUCAAUAAGGAGCGGAAGAGGAAAUGGCGCGAGGCGAAUGUCGAGAAGAACCGUGGUAACGAUCUUCGCUCCCGUCUGAAUCAGCGCGCGAAUACUCUGUUUGGCAGAGAAGAAUCCGCUGAAAAGCGCAAGUGGGUGGAGGCACAGUAUAAGAAGCGCUCACUCAAGCUUGAAGCAGAUGCUGCCAUUCCUGCCGAAACAUCCCCCGCUCCCCGUGAAAAUCAGACAUCCGUCAGCGAUGCAGAGAUCUUGAAUCUCAUUGCGGUCCGUCUGGAUAAACUAGAAAUCGCCCGUGAAAUUGAACGCGAGAUACAGAACGAGGCCCGUGGCCUUUUCAACCGCCAUGCCUCCCGCACACAUAAUCGCACGCUUCCGCUGCCUGAUUCGCCGCCGCAGUCGUCCGGGAAGAACGCUGAUCCGCAGGCGGGCGCAGCGGCAUCAACAGUCCUGUCUGAUGUUGCGCUCGUGAUGGGAGAGGCUCACACUCCUGUGAAGCGCGGCACCUCCGCAGACCAGCCAACGAAGUCAUACGUCCGCCAGGCCUCUAGUGGCCCAGCUGCACCGGUGCGCUCCCUUGAGGAGGCCGAGGCGACACCAAUUGACCCAGUGCUUGCGAGAGGGAACAGGGCCGCGAUCGACGUAGCCGAGAUUUCUCCCGGGUCCGCAAGAGGGCCUAUUAUAUAA